AUGUCAAUAAUGUUACCUGUUAAAAUAUUAUUUUUACUUUUUCUUAAAAAUGAGCUUUAUUUGAUUAAUUGCUAUGUUACAAAUAUACAAUGUUUAAAUAAAGAGGCUUGCAAUUUUGAUAAUGUUAAAGGUUGUACUGAUAAAAUAAUUGGUAUUAAUGAAUAUGAUGUUUCAUGUAUCUGUACAGAUGAAUAUCAAGGUAAUACAUGUAAUGAAGUAGAUAAAUGUUAUUUAAAAAUUGGUGGACAUAUUUGUAGAAAUUUAGAUCAUAAUGCUAAAUGUAAUCCAACAACUGAUGGUAAACUUAAUUGUACAUGUAGUGAUCAAACACUUUUUACUGGAGAAAAUUGUGAAUUUUCAAAUGAUUAUUAUAAUCAAGCAUCAAAUUUAAUUAAUUCAAAUGAAAGAUUUGAAAUUUUAAAAUUAUCAUAUGAACAAUCAUAUAUAAUGGAUGAUGCAUUUCCAUAUUUUUUAGCUGAAACAAAAGCAUCAAAUGAAGAAUUAUCAAAAUUAAGUUGGGAUUUUGAUGAAUUUAUUAUAAAAUCAACAUUUGAUAGAAGACCUUUUGAUGAUAAGUUAUAUUUUAAAAAAACUUUUGAUCCUGCUUUAGGAAAUUGUUAUACAUUUAAUCAUUUUGAACAAAAAGAUUUAUUUAGAACUUUUUAUCGAGGUGUAAAUUAUGGACUUGAAGUGAUUUUUCAAUUAAAAGCUAAUGAAACAUUACCAUGGAUUAAAAGUUCAAGUGUCAAAAUAUUUAUUCAUAAUAAUAAUGAAGUUUUUACAAAAAAAAAUAUUAAUUAUAAAGUUGGAGCUUCUAAGAAAAGUGAAGUUUUUAUUUAUUUAACAGAAAAUGUAAAAUUACCAUCACCAUAUUCUGAAUGUGUAGAAAAAAAUAAAUUAUUUAAAAAUAAUUUUUAUUUUAAUGGUUCAUUUAAUGAAAAUGGAUGUUUCAUAUCAUGUUAUAUAGAUUACAUGAAUAAAAUGUGUAAUUGUCAAGAUCCAACAUAUGGAAUUAAUAAAAAAAUUAAUGAUUAUUGUUUCAUAAAAGAUAGAAAUUGUAUUGAAAAUAUUUUAAAAACUAAAGGCGAUCCUGUUUAUUGGCCAGAAUGUAAAUGUUCUGUACCAUGUAAUUAUUUUGAUUACCAAGUUGCAUUAACAAGUGCAUCAUUUUUAAAAUGGAUGCCAGAAUGUACAGCAAUUGAUCCAAUGAAUAUGAAACCAGAAAACAAUCCUGACUCAGUUAUUUGUCAGAAUAUGUGGAAUGAUCGUGUAUGGAUUCAAUUAACAUUAGCUAAUACAGUUAGAACAUACACUAUUGAAAAAUCAAAACAAUCAAUAUCAAAUUUUUUUACAACACUUGGUGCUUUAACAGGAGCAUUAAUAGGAUUAUCAAUUGUUACAAUUUUUGAAUUGAUUAUAUUUUUUCUUCGUUUAACUAGAAUAUUAUAA